CCAACAGUGGCUGGUAUUCAUGGAAGUGAUGUUGAAGGAUGCUACUCACUAGCUCUCUCUGGAGGAUAUGAGGAUGAUCUUGAUUAUGGAGUCUGUUUCACAUACACUGGAGAAGGUGGCAGAGAUUUGAAGGGUACAAAAGCUAACCCCAAGAAUUUACGGACCGCACCUCAAUCCAAGGAUCAAACUCUAACCAGAGGAAAUUUAGCACUAAGUAAAAAUGUUGAAAAUGGCAGACCUGUGCGAGUUAUCAGAGGAUACAAGUCAAAAAGCCCCUUCGCUCCAGAAGAAGGAUAUAGAUAUGAUGGUAAGGACCCCGGCAAGGAAUGCCAUUUGAAAUGGCCGGCGAUGCUCGUUGGAAAAGUUGAGUUGUCAAUCUAGGUGCAGCUCAAGGUGUAUUUGACCCCUAAAGAUACCAAUCAGGCUUGCAAAACAGACAUACUGACAAGAGCUAGUUGACUCUAAGGGCAGUGCUAUUGCCGGAAUGCUUUCAUCUUUACAGCAUUUCUAAAUCUUUCACGUGGCAGCUUCCCACUCGGCCUUCUGGUCACUCCCAAUAACAUUAUACAUGUUUCAGACCAGUGACUUUAAGGUCAUUCUUUGUGAAGAACAACAAGCUACAAUAUGGUGUACUCAACAUUGCACACAGCAGCUCGGCAAAUAUAACAGACUGCAGAUAACUCAUAAUUACGCUUAUUUACAAAAGGCAAGGUGCAUGAUCUACAAAAUCAGCAUCAAAAAUGAGAACUGUCGUUAUUACGUUCUAUUCAGAGUUGGUCGACAUGUCCCCGGGCGCUGUUUGUUUUCGUCAGACUUGGUCAGACUCAAUCAACGUACCUGCUGCUUGCUCUCCACAUAUUAUAAAUACUUGAAGAAUACAAACAAUAGUUUUACAACAAAAUUAGACUGCUGGUAGUCUUUUGCGA